AUGAGUAACGGACGAGCAAGAGCCAGGCGGGCUCAGGGACAACCAAGUGCUCAUGACUUUCGAACGUACGUGCCAAAGCUAAUCGGAGCACUGGUGAUCAGUGGAGCUCUCUCCGAUUCCCACGGAAUGAGAUUUUGGAAUCCAUAUCCCAGGUACUCACAACGACCGAGUUCCCACUACUGCAGAUGUCGAUGCAAGAUCUUUUCGUCUACCGCGACACUGUCUUAUUAUUUUGAGUGGUACGGUUUCCUGCGCUGA